UUGAGGUGGUAUCUCUUCGCGAUGCCAAGAUGGCAAGCCUGCUCCCUCCCACAGGCAACAACGUCUUCCACAGAUUCACCCCAGAGUCGCUGGUGGAGAUCGACAGGCUCAUCCAGGAGAGGAGCACCAGGGAGGAUGUAGAGGGGGUUGAGGAGGAACCACAGGCCCCGAGCAGUGAUUUAGAGGCAGGAAAGUGCCUGCCAAUGAUCUAUGGUGACCCACCAGUGGAUCUCCUCAACACUCCUCUGGAGGACAUAGACCCCUUCUAUAAAACACAGAAGACUUUUAUUGUCAUAGGUAAGGGAAACACAAUCUACAGGUUUACUGCUGAACCAGCGCUGUUUUGUAUCAGUCCUUUUAGCCUUGUCAGAAGAGGAGCCAUCAAAAUUCUUAUACAUUCAUUUUUUAGUAUGGUCAUCAUGAUCACUAUCCUGUCCAACUGCGUGUUCAUGACAAUGAGUAACCCUCCAGCCUGGAGUAAAACUGUCGAGUAUGUUUUUACUGGUAUAUAUACCGUUGAAGCAACAAUCAAAGUUUUGUCUCGGGGCUUCUGCAUCGGACCUUUCACAUUCCUCCGUGAUCCAUGGAACUGGCUUGAUUUCAUGGUGAUCAGCAUGGCGUACAUCACAGAGUUUGUAGACCUUGGUAAUGUGUCAGCACUGAGGACAUUUCGUGUGCUUCGAGCUCUCAAAACAAUCACAGUUAUUCCUGGUUUGAAAACCAUCGUCGGGGCUUUGAUUCAGUCUGUCAAGAAGAUGGUAAAUGUUAUGAUUUUGACUCUUUUUGCACUGGCUGUAUUUGCCCUCAUUGGCCUGCAGCUGUUCAUGGGAAAUCUACGCCACAAGUGCAUCCGUUGGCCCAUUCCCAACAGCACCAUCUUUGAUGACUACAACUACACCAUGGUCAAUGACACCACCCUCAACGUCACAGAUACUUUCGAUUUCAAAGCAUACAUAGACAAUGAAGAAAACCAAUACUUUCUGGAAGGAAGUUUAGAUGCUUUGAUAUGUGGUAACAGCUCUGAUGCUGGGAGGUGCCCAGAAAGUUACACAUGUAUGAAGGCUGGACAAAACCCGAACUAUGGCUACACCAGCUAUGACAACUUUGGCUGGGCAUUUCUCGCCCUCUUCAGACUCAUGACUCAGGACUAUUGGGAGAAUCUCUUCCAGUUGACCCUUCGUGCCGCUGGGAAGACCUACAUGAUCUUCUUUGUGGUGAUCAUAUUCCUGGGCUCUUUCUACCUCAUCAACCUGAUUUUGGCUGUGGUUGCUAUGGCAUACGAUGAGCAGAACGAAGCCAACUUGGCUGAAGCUCGUGAGAAAGAAGAGGAGUUUCAAAGAUUACUUGAGCAACUCAGGAACCAAGAGCAAGAGGCAGGCAGUAAAGCAUCUUUAGCCAGCCAGGCGACACAAAGUCGAGGGUCAAACAUGACAGGUUCACUGCACAGUCUUGGCGGUGAUGAUGUUAUAAAGGACUGUAACGGCCGAUUAGUGCCUCGCCUCAUUGUCAACAGAGCCUCUUCUAACAAAGAGUUAUCAGCUGAAGACGACCACAAAUCCAUGAGCUCCAAACACAGCAUGCAGUACCUGGACCAGCCCAAACUCUCCAAGAGAACAGCUAGUGCUAUCAGUGUGCUCACUGCAACUAUGGAGGAGUUGGAAGAUGCUCAGAGGCCUUGUCCCCCUGGCUGGUACAAGUUCGCUGAUAUUUUCUUUAAAUGGGACUGCUGCACUCCCUGGAUCAUAUUUAAGAAGUGGGUUCAUUUUGUAGUGAUGGACCCAUUUGUGGAUUUAGGUAUCACCAUCUGCAUUGUGCUCAACACACUUUUCAUGGCCAUGGAGCACUACCCAAUGAGUCCAGAUUUCGAACAUGUUCUCUCAGUGGGAAACUUGGUAUUUACAGGAAUCUUCACAGCUGAAAUGGUGUUCAAGCUCAUUGCUAUGGACCCCUACUACUACUUCCAGGUGGGCUGGAACAUUUUUGACAGUAUCAUUGUCACACUCAGCCUGGUAGAAUUGGGACUGGCCAAUGUUCAAGGAUUGUCCGUUCUCAGGUCCUUCCGUUUGCUACGUGUCUUCAAACUGGCUAAAUCUUGGCCCACCCUUAGCAUGCUGAUCAAGAUCAUUGGCAACUCAGUAGGUGCCCUGGGGAACCUAACGCUUGUCCUGGCCAUCAUCGUCUUCAUCUUUGCCGUGGUGGGCAUGCAGCUUUUUGGCAAGAGCUACAAGGACUGCGUUUGUAAGAUUUCUGAGGACUGCGAGCUGCCCCGCUGGCACAUGAACGACUUCUUCCACUCUUUCCUCAUCAUCUUUCGGAUCUUGUGUGGAGAGUGGAUCGAGACCAUGUGGGACUGCAUGGAGGUGGCGGGAGCGAGCAUGUGCCUGAUAGUCUUCAUGAUGGUCAUGGUCAUUGGAAACCUUGUGGUACUGAACCUGUUCCUGGCUCUGCUGCUCAGCUCCUUCAGCGGGGAUAACCUGUCUGGAGGUGAUGAUGAUGGUGAGAUGAACAACCUUCAGAUCGCCAUUGGUCGCAUCACCAGGGGUCUAGAUUGGCUCAAAGCCUUCAUCGCCAGUAUGUUGCGCCAGAUUCUUGAAAAGAAACCUCCUGACAAUAAUAAAGGAGGAGGGGAAGGAGACAUAGAACUGUGUGCUUUAAACCACCUGGAUGAGAGGAAAAUGGCAGAUGGCUUGACCAACUGUUUGCCUCCAACACUGACUGUACCUAUUGCUCGUUGUGAGUCUGAUGUUGAAGAGGAUGAGGACUCCGAUGAAUCUUCUGAUGAGGAGGAUGGAAAGGCCACUCUUAAUGAUGACGACUCUUCAGUUUGUAGCACAGUGGACUACCGGCCUCCAGAACCUAAGCCUGAGCCUGAAGAGGAAGAAGAACCAGAGCCUGAAGAGCCAGAGUCCUGUUUCACAGAGGGUUGUGUUAAGCGAUUUACAUGUUUCAAUGUAGACAUCACAGAAGGAUGGGGGAAAAAGUGGUGGAACCUUCGAAGAACAUGCUUCACCAUCGUUGAGCAUGACUACUUUGAAACCUUCAUCAUCUUUAUGAUCCUCCUUAGUAGUGGAGCACUGGCUUUUGAGGAUAUCAACAUCGAGCGCCGCAGAGUGAUCAAGAUUGUACUGGAGUAUGCUGAUAAAGUCUUUACGUACAUUUUCAUAGUAGAGAUGUUACUAAAGUGGGUGGCAUAUGGUUUCAAGACUUACUUCACUAAUGCGUGGUGCUGGCUGGACUUCCUCAUUGUGGAUGUGUCAGUAGUCAGUUUAACAGCCAAUUUAUUGGGAUAUUCUGAGCUGGGAGCAAUCAAAUCUCUCAGAACACUCAGGGCUCUUCGACCACUUCGAGCCCUGUCAAGAUUUGAAGGAAUGAGGGUGGUAGUAAAUGCACUGGUUGGUGCCAUUCCCUCUAUUUUCAAUGUGCUGCUGGUUUGUCUGAUAUUCUGGCUCAUCUUCAGCAUUAUGGGAGUCAAUCUGUUUGCUGGGAAGUUCUACCACUGCAUCAACACCACCACAGAGGAACGCUUCCCCAUGGAUGUGGUCAACAACAAGAGUGACUGUAUGGCUCUGAUGCUCACCAAUGAAGCGCGCUGGGUCAAUGUGAAGGUCAACUAUGACAAUGUGGGACUCGGCUACCUCUCUCUACUGCAAAUUGCCACAUUUAAAGGCUGGAUGGAUAUCAUGUAUGCUGCAGUGGAUUCUAGAGAGGUGGAAGAGCAGCCAUCAUAUGAGAUCAACCUUUACAUGUACCUAUAUUUUGUUAUUUUCAUCAUUUUUGGAUCCUUUUUCACUCUCAACCUCUUCAUUGGUGUCAUCAUUGACAACUUCAAUCAGCAGAAGUCCAAGUUUGGAGGGAAAGACAUUUUCAUGACAGAGGAACAAAAAAAGUACUACAAUGCCAUGAAGAAGUUGGGUUCCAAAAAACCUGCAAAACCUAUCCCUAGGCCAUUGAAUGAGAUCCAGGGUGUGGUGUUUGACUUCAUAACAAAACAGUUCUUUGACAUCUUUAUCAUGGUGCUUAUCUGCCUCAAUAUGGUGACCAUGAUGAUAGAGACAGAUGACCAGAGUGCUGAGAAAGAGGAUAUCCUGUACCAGAUCAAUUUGUUCUUCAUCGUCAUCUUCACAGGAGAAUGUGGACUUAAGAUGUUUGCGCUCAGACAUUUCUUUUUCACUAUUGGCUGGAACGUCUUUGAUUUUGUUGUGGUCAUCCUUUCUAUAGCAGGUCUGAUGUUAUCAGACAUCAUUGAGAAGUAUUUUGUGUCUCCCACCUUGUUCCGCGUCAUCCGGCUCGCCAGAAUCGGCCGUGUGCUACGUCUCAUCAGAGGGGCAAAAGGCAUUAGGACUCUUUUGUUUGCCUUGAUGAUGUCACUUCCUGCCCUCUUCAACAUCGGACUGCUUCUGUUCCUCAUUAUGUUCAUCUUCUCUAUCUUUGCCAUGUCUAACUUUGCCUAUGUAAAAAAGCAGGCAGGCAUCGACGAUAUCUUCAACUUUGAAACAUUUGGCGGCAGCAUCAUCUGCCUGUUUGAGAUCACAACCUCGGCAGGCUGGGAUGGGCUUCUGCUGCCUAUUCUGAACAGCGGCCCUCCAGACUGUGACCCUGACAUAGAGAACCCAGGUACAGACGUUCGGGGUAACUGCGGGAAUCCUGGCAUGGGUAUCAUGUUUUUCUGCAGUUACAUCAUCAUGUCGUUCCUGGUGGUCGUGAACAUGUACAUUGCUAUCAUUCUUGAGAACUUCAACGUUGCUCAAGAGGAGAGUGGAGACCUGCUCUGUGAGGAUGACUUUGAGAUGUUCGAUGAGACAUGGGAAAAGUUUGACGUUGAUGGUACACAGUUCAUUGAGUACAGCCGCUUGUUUGACUUCGUCGAUGCCUUGCAGGAGCCUUUACGAAUUGCCAAACCCAACCGCCUUAAACUAAUCACCAUGGAUCUACCCAUUGUAACCGGCGACAAAGUCCACUGUCUGGAUAUUCUUUUGGCAGUUACCCGUGAGGUUCUUGGCGACACGAUUGAGAUGGCUGCCAUGAAGGAGAGCAUUGAAGCCAAGUUCACAAUGAACAAUCCCACUUCUGCCUCCUUUGAUCCAAUCAACACCACUCUCAGGAGGAAAGAGGAAGAGCGCGCAGCCACUGCGGUUCAACGAACAUACCGUAGACAUCUCCUCAAACGUGCUAUCCGGUAUGCAUGCUUCAUGCAUCGUUCAAAGAGGAAAGUCAGGAGUCAAAACGAUGAAGAACCUCCUGAAACCGAAGGGUUAAUUGCAAGGAAAAUGGAUGCCCUGUAUGGCAGCAAUCCAGAACUCGCCAUGGCUCUUGAGCUGCAGGCUAGGCCGAUGCCACCUUAUGCACAGCCGCCCAAGCCCACCUCGGUCACGCAGCACAGAGUAUCCGUAACCUACCCUCAACCACAGGGACAACUUGGCAUACUUCCAGUGGAGCUCACAAGUGAGGUGAUCCUCCGGUCUGGACCCACGACACAUGGCCUCUGCAGUUCAGAGAAUGCAACGAUAAAAGAGUCAAUAGUAUAACUGGUGGACAAUGCCUGUGGACUGAGAUAAUCCUUGUGAUGUAAAAUGGAGUAUCACCUGCACUCACUGAACAACAUAUGCUCCAAAAACAAGACGGCUUAAAGGAUUACACAGGACUGCUACUGUGUGACAGCAUUGGAAUGCUGUUUCUUGGGAGUACUGUUUUUUUAUUAUUGAAACUUUUGUAAAGACCCGUUUAAUUUAGGAUUCGUUUUAUUUGAUCCCAAUUAGAAAUGUCCCAGUACAUUUGCCAUAACUUAGCCAGGUUCUUUUGCCCUUGUACGUAUAUAUGUUUGCGGGUUUUUCCCUGUUAUAGCGCCACCAAGGGGCUAAGUGCUGCAUUUUUUCCCACAUGACCUCAGACUGAACCCAUACACAAAUGUGCCAAGUUUGGUGAAAAUAUCUCAUUCCAUUCAAGAGUUACAGCCAUUUAAGUGAAAGUGGCCACACCCACUUUGAAAUUUUGCCACCGUUGCAGUGAUGAAUUUAAAGUUCAGCCUUUUGGGAAUAAUUAGUAAUAUUUAGUGUCCAGAGAAUCUUUGUGCACUUGUUUGGUUCCUUUCGAGUGAAAAACCUGGGACUAGUUCGCAAAAAUGUGUUUUGCAAAACAAGAAAAGAAAAAUCCUAUUAUAACAUUUUUCAUGGUCAAAAUGAAAUCACAAUUUUAAUGUAGCUGUUUCGUCCCCUGCAUGCUAACACCCAGUAAUUCUACUGUAUGUGACUACGGUAUGUGGUGACAAUGGUAUAUUUCUUUGGGUUGUUUAAAGCAGUUUUUUUUCAACAAGCUCCCAUUUUACAGGUUCAUCGUAGUUUUUACCUUGUCCUAAAUCAUCUUUUUGAAUACUUGUUGGAAGAUGUAUCAGUAUUUAUAUCUUAAUAAUUCAAUAAUGAUCAAAGAAUUCACAACAGUAUUUGUUAAACACUGAAUUACAAAACCUGAUAUGUUACUUACAGUAUAAUUCUGAUGUUUAACUGCACAGAUCUCAGAACUAUUAGGAACGAGAACCGCUGGUACUGACCAUCACUCAAACAUGUCGGUCCAGAGUCUGUUUAGUCUACUGAACUAUUUAUAAUCUCAGUCCAUGGCUUACCAGUUUACAGCAGAUUGGUGGAACGAGUAGAACAGAAACUGAUCCUUUACAGUGCAGUUGUAGUCCCCAGUGACUGUACUAAACAUUUUUUUAAAAUAUUUUGUAAUUAAUAUAACUUGAAGCAUUAAAAGCAUUGUGUAAUUUUAGCAAUUCCUUUUAAUGCCCUGGUAGUCAAAACAGCUAGAUUGUCACUUGAGAUUGCUGAAAAUCUACCAAGCCUGUAAAGUAAAUGCAGUUUUCAUGUUCUUAUUCAGAAGUUAUUUCAGAAGUUAAGUAAACCUAGUUAGAAUAACCCCAUCCAUUUAACUGUAUUUAACACGGAGACAGCACAGCACUAAUAUCCCGAUGUGAAUUGAGCAUCAUAGUGUCCAUUAUAAUAAAUUGAUGAAUAAUUUGUGAAAUUUAGAGUACCCCUGAUAAGUGUUGCAAAAUUGCGUCAGAUUAUUUUUCUUUGUCGGCAAGGGCAUUACCCUGUAACUGCUUUAUAACUGAUUCCCUUCUUUACAAAAAGAGCCUGAAGUGUCCAGUAGAUGACUCACACGAUUCUUACCUAAUUCAUAUCUAGCUGAAAUUCAUAUUUAUUACCUGAGAUAUGGUUGUGAUGUUUACACCUUCCUUUGAAUUCCUUUCAUUAAAUUGAAAAUUGAAAACUGGCCAUUUUAAAACAUUAUCAAGUUAAUAAUCCCCGAAGCUAUGUUCAGUGUUUUAGUACCUGUGAGUCAUCAUAGCUAGAAGUUGUAUGUAUUAGAGACAUUUAAUGAUGGAUUUCCUCUGAAGUCUUAAUGUGACUGCAAAUGUCUUAUUUCUUAAAACUCAUAAAUGAAGCACUUUGAGAUAUUUAUAUUUACCUCUCGUAUAAUUUUUAGAUUUGGUCUCUUAUUACCAAAAAGCAUUAGUUUACUAUGUGUUCAAAUGAGAAUUACUUUUUUUGAGAAAAAAAAACCCUAAUCAGUUUGUAUGUAAUCUGUGGGCAGUUUUGUGCACUUUUGGUUUCAUAUUGAUAUUGUUAAUAUGCAAAUAAUUUCCUAUUGUUUACAUUUUUAUCAAGGAGAGAGACAUUGCAGUGCUUUAGGAUUUGCUAGCCUCAUUGCCUGUAUAUAUAUAUACUUUGCAGAUAGAAGCGUAUUUCUCAGAUGUGG